AUGCUUAAACUUUUAGUUUUCUUGAUGGUAAUAAUAUCAGUAUUAUCAGCUGAAAUACCAUCGCCCGGGAUAUUUAAUAACGAGGACACAUAUAAACCUGAAAUUGAGGAAGCAAUUGAAACCCAUUCUAUUCAUAGUAAGAUUACAAACUCAGAACCAGAACAUCAUCCUGUAUAUCGAUCAGAAGAACAUAAGGAUGAAGGUCGAGCAAGAAUUGAGCCAGUAAAGCCUAGAGGGCCUAUAAUUAAACAUGAUAUGUUAGCUGAUGAACCUGUCGCAGCACCAUCUUCAGAUGUUAAUAGAAACGAUAAUUAUGGUUUCUCGGGACCAGUGGAAGUGGCCUAUCCUGAUAUUCCGUAUGCCCCUAGCUAUGGAUAUAGACACGGAUAUGCUGGACAAAAUAACUAUGAUGUGUAUGGAAUUAGUGAUGAUUUGAUGGAACCAGAUACUUCAUCUUUUGGACUGCUUUGGAGCCAAGUACCUGAUUCUAGGACGUUGGUGAACUACGCUGGUAGGACUAUCAGUUGGGUAUUCAGCAGCAUUUUCGUCCUAAUGCUCGGUUCGUUCCUAACCAUUGGACUUUGUACCUACACUGAUUUGUGCAGGAUUACGUUUAAUGGCGUUGGUCCAAUUCAUGAAGAGAUGAGAUCCCUUAUAACCCCAGAACGCUUGGAGAAAAUUAGUAACGCUGCUGACUUUGUAAAAACUGCGAUUAAUAAGUAUCAAACCAUUCAACAUGUCCCCGAACCAGGUACAAGGAAGCGACGUUCAAUCUUCUAUUAA